AUGGACAAGUUGAUGCGAAACAACAGCAUUGUGGUGUCCGCUUCCGUGUUCGCGGUGGCACAGCCCAAGACGCAGCGUCGGCGCGCAACAAAAAGCGCCUUGCAACGCCUACAGGAGGCGUUGCAGGAGUUGUCUAAGGAGGAGCGCUAUGACACCCUCCAAGCCUUGCCGCCUGCGGUGAAAGCGGCGCUGCUGAGCCACAUGGAACGGGCCAAGUUCUGUGGCACUGCUGGCGCCGCGACCGAUGCCUCCCUGAGCCGCGGUGGCAGCGGUGGCAGCGUUGCGCCGCUGCGGCGCCAGAGGAAUGGCCGCAGUGGCCGCAGCGUGACGGUGCAACGGAAGAGAGGAGGAUGGGUGGCCAGGUUGACAUUGUUGCCCUACCUCUCAGUAUCCACACGAUGUGCUCAGACGUCACAUCAAGCAAGCAGGAUGUUGCAAGUCCUGAACCGAGCCAAAGAUCUGGUGCUCCACCACGAGGGCUGCGAGGCACAGAGUGUGUAUCAAGCCUUGAACGAUGCCUGUGGAGAGCAUCAAAUCUCGCUGACGGACCUCUCGUUGUCCUUCUGCGCCACCGUGGGGGCGGAACGGCUGGUGGGCUGCAGCAUCAGCGGCAAAUACAGCACCUGUCUGGAGGACGUCCUACAGCAGCGACAUCUCUUGUUGCAGGGUCGUGCGGAAGGAUAUGAGAAGCUUCGGGAGGCGUGUCAGAAGGUCCUGCUGACCACGGUGCGGCCCCGUACCUCACGUGUCUUCGGCCGUGCGCGACCCAAAGCCCUGGAGUCGCCCGAUGCGGAGCGAUUGCUGCGAGGUUUGGAUCGAAGACGGCGGAACUUCUGCCAGAAACGAGCGCUGCAGGUGGUGAAACGGGCCGUGAGGGUUUUGGAAGUCCUGCUGGCCUGCGAGAGUCGUGCAAACAUGGCUGACGCGAAGCGGAAAGCACAGGCCCCAGUGACAGCAAUUCACCCCAUGGCGGACGCCGCUGCGCCGGCCGAAGCCCCGGCUGCGACGGCGGCAGCCGCGACAGCGGCGCCUGCAGCCGCACCGGCGGCGUCUACUGCAGCGCCAGCCACAGGCUCCACAGUGAACACCACGGGAGCCGUUGGGGCCGUUGGGGCCGUUGGAGCGGUUGGUCAAAAUCAAAUGUCCUAUGGUGGCUAUGGCCAGAUGCCCGGCUAUGGAGGCUACCAGCCUGGUGGCUAUGGUCAGCCGGGCAUGAUGCAGCCGGGCAUGCCAGGAAUGAUGCCUGGGCAGCCCGGGCAGCCGGGGAUGCCACCGAUGAAUCCUCAGGAUCUGCGACCGCAACUGAAUUUCCGCACGGUGGUGCGAUGUUUCAUGGAAAUUGCGGCCAUCAUCCAGGGAUUCUCGCUGAUUCUGAUGAUGGGAAAUGGUGCCUCAGCUGAAACCAGCGGCUGUCGCUUUGUCUUGCAAUUUUGGCGACAGUUGACAUUGACAGGUCUUUAG